CUGGACUCUAAUCUCUCUGAUGGUUGCAGUUGUCUUCAGCUUUCUCCGACAACACUGAGAUCACAAUGGGCUCCAUCAGUGCAGCAAAUGCAGAAUUUUCUUUUGACGUAUUCAAAGAGCUGAAAGUCCACCAUGCCAACGACAACAUCUUCUAUUCCCCCCUGAGCAUCAUUGCAGCCUUGGCCAUGGUCUAUUUGGGAGCGAGAGGUAACACUGAGUAUCAGAUGGAGAAGGUUCUUCACUUUGACAAAAUUGCAGGACUUGGAGGAACUAUUCAGACCAAGUGUGGCAAGUCUGUGAAUAUCCACAUACUGUUUAAAGAACUUAUCUCUGAUAUCACUGCAUCAAAAGCCAAUUAUUCACUCCACAUUGCCAACAGACUCUACGCUGAAAAGACAUGUCCAAUCCUACCGAUCUACUUAAAAUGUGUGAAGAAACUGUACAGAGCAGGUCUGGAAAUGGUCAACUUCAAAACAGCACCAGAUCAAGCCAGACAGCUCAUUAAUUCCUGGGUGGAAAAUCAGACAAAUGGACAGAUCCAAGAUUUCCUUGAACCAGGCUCUGUUGAUCUCGACACUGUGCUGGUCCUUGUGAAUGCCAUUUUCUUCAAAGGCCUAUGGAAGACAGCGUUUAAAGAAGAACACACUCAGGAAUUUCCCUUCAGAGUGACAAAGGAAGAAAGCAGACCCGUGCAAAUGAUGUGUCAGAACAGUACCUUCAAAGUGGCAGCAGUGGCUGCAGAUAAAGUUAAGAUCCUGGAGCUUCCGUAUGCCAGCGGAGAGCUGAGCAUGUUGGUGCUGUUGCCUGAUGAUGUCUCUGGCCUGGAGCAGCUUGAGAACAAAAUCAACUUUGAAAAACUUACUGAGUGGACCAGUCCUAAUGUGAUGGAAAAGAAGAGAGUGAAAGUCUACCUCCCGCGCAUGAAGAUUGAGGAAAAAUAUAACCUCACAUCUGUCUUAAUGGCCUUGGGCAUGACUGACCUGUUCAGUCCUUCAGCCAAUCUGACUGGCAUCUCUUCCACAGAGAGCCUGAAGAUAUCUGAGGCCAUCCAUGAGGCGUACAUGGAAGUCAAUGAAGAGGGAACUGAGAUAGCAGCUGAGGUGAUGGGAGACAUCAAGCAUUCCCCUGAGUUUGAAGAGUUUAGGGCUGACCACCCUUUCCUUUUCUUGAUCAAACACCAUCCAACCAAUAGCGUCCUCUUCUUUGGUAGAUAUCGUUCCCCCUAGAGAAAGAAAGAGCUGGAAAUAAUGCUUCCCUUCCCCUCAGGAAUAGACCCCCUUUACCAUAACAUUGUUGCUUAAUCUCAUCUCUUCAAUAUUUUCUCCAAGUGGAAAGCCUAAUCUAAGAAAUGAUCAUUUAAAAAGCUUCCAUAGCAAAGACAUACCAGCAGGUGAGGAAACAGCAGCAAGCAUGUUUACUCCUUUCCCUUCUCUUAGUGGUUUCAGUAUUGCUUGAGCUGAGCAAAGACUGAGCCAACAGAGAACUGAAGCACCCACCAGCCAGGAAGGACUCAAGCAGUUUUCACAAAUUGCAGGGAUGGCUCCAAGUCUUGGGAGUCCAUUACAUAGAAAGCCAUGGGCUGUGCUCAUCCCAUUCCCCGGUAGCAUACUGCUGACCAAACCAUGUUGUUGUUCCUGACACAUGGGCUUUAAGAUCUCCAGUCUGGAGGAGAUCCUUGUGGAUAAUGUUCUUCUAUGUAGGUUAUUGACUGGUGCCUAUGUAAAUUUUUUUUUUUUUACUUAACUGUUGGGAAGUGUUGUACAUGUCCACUAUCACCAGAAUUGUCCUCUCACCAUAAGCUCCUCACCAAAUCCUGCAUUUCUCACAGAGGUUCUCCAAAGUCAAGGAGAGUGUCCCUUCCACUUCAGAGAGCACAGAGAGAUCUAACUUUAUGUAUGUGCAGUUAUGCCUUCUCACAGGGUGUAGAUUUGAAGCCUGAAACAUGGAUAUCUGGGUGAUCCAGGUAAUCCAGAACUCAGUGAGAACUUCCAGCCAGCUGUCCGAAUUUUUGUUUAAAACAUUGGCAGACACUUCGAAUUUGAGAACAUUUUCAUUUUUGUGAAAAAUCCUGCAAGAGGUAUUAAAGAAUCUGAUUUCUCCAUGGGAGCUUUAUGAAAAAAUACGGCUUUCAAAAUAAUCCCUGCCUCUGUUGAGGUUGCUUAUCAAGUAAACUUCAGUUAGUCCCUGGAAAGCUCUCAGAUGAAGUUCAAAACUCAAGUGUAUUAUUAUUCUGUGAAUGCAGCUGGGCUUCUUUGUUCCUAUGAGAGUUCAAAGCUACAUCUCUUGUUUUUAAAAAAUACUUGAGAAUCCUAAUAUUCUCUGUCUUUUCCUUCCUAUGUGUCCAUUGCCAUCUGCAAAUACAGAUAUAUUGGCUCAAUA